AACACACUAGCGAGGGGGCACGUCUCACAAAACACCACAGGUGACGUCAUACAUACAAACACAGGACCGAGGCGGGCAAUGAUCAAGGCCAUUACAGAAGUGGGGCGACGUCACACAAACAAGACCGAUACCCAUAAGUCAAAACACGAGGUGACGUCGCGCGCACACACACGCUGAACGACGCACACGAGUGACGUCACACUAAUACAAUACCGGGACAAAGUGGCAUCACUACACCGCACAAAACAAGUCUAAGACAUCUGAGUGGUGGUGGAUUGCACGAGCGACUUGUGUGAGCUGCGUCUGACUGUAAUGGUGGUUGGGGAUCAAGAUGACGCCGACCAGGACUGCAAGAGCGUCACCUGCACCAGCAGCAAGGUUGUCUCCCUGCCGCCCACCUGACACGCCGACAGCUUUUUAUGAGAAGGGGCGCCGUCUAGAUGAGGGGGGAGGUUGCGAAGGCCUCCUUUUUAUGAGCCUCCCCCUACCAGACCCGUCCCACUACGUGAAGGCAUGGAGGCUGGCAGAGCGUGGGCGCUGCUGAUGCACCCUUACCCCACCCUCACGACACUGGGAGGGGGGCAGGCGGCUCACCGCAGGCUGUGGUCCACUUGCUGUGCAGCGCGCUGUGCAGUGAUGCUCAGGACCAGGGCUGUGCAGCACGUGCAACACGUUUCCUUGUCGCUGGGACAACUCACAUUGCCGUGCAGCGCUGGGUACGACAGAAUAUGACUUCACACGACUAGCCGGCACCCCAUGUAUGCCAUUACUGACCACUACGGUGAGCUACAAAACGUUUGAUAAAUAAAGAGAUCUGCCACCCAGAGCAAAAUGGCAACCUGUUACUGGGUCCUGUUGGCCAUAUGGUCAUGUCUAGCCAACCUAAGGUCAGGUGAGGCAUGUCCAACCCGCUGCAUCUCCUGCAGUCAGGGGGUGGCAGAGUGUUCACAGCGCAGCCUAGUGGCACCCCCAAGAGAUUUUCCCGAAGAUGUGCGAACCAUCAACCUAGAUGGGAACCAUUUGAGAGUCCUUGGCCGACGCAGCUUUCAGAGCCUAACUCAGCUGGAAGUACUGCGCAUGAAGGGGAACAAGCUCCGUGCAAUCAAGAGGUCAUCCUUCAAAGACUUCCCAAACCUCAUGACUCUGGACCUCAGCAAUAACCACUUGGUCGUCAUCGAGUUGAGGGGUCUGGAGGGAAUAGAGAAGUUGCGCACACUGUCCCUGCAGCACAACAAGUUGCGCAGCAUGGCACAGCUGCUUGACACCACUCCAAACUUAUACCAGUUGAACGUGGGCUUCAACAGCAUCAAUGCUAUUGGUAAGAACGAUCUAAAGACUCCCACACGACUUCACUAUCUGGACCUUCGGCACAACCUAAUCACAAACAUACACCCCCAGGCUUUUGCUCAUCUCAAGCAACUUCGUUACCUCUUCCUUAACAACAAUCCCCUGGUAUCACCUCCACCCAUGACCUUUGGCAGCAACGUGCUCCAGCUCAUUGACUUGUCCAACUGCAAGCUGAUGCACGUUCCUCACACCAUGCCGGCCUCCAUCACAGAAUUCAGGCUUAGCGAUAACAACAUCAUGCAAAUCAAUGAUAAGGACUUCACGAACAUCACUCACCUUCGACUGUUGGCCCUCAACGACAAUGAGCUUCACUUUGUUGCCAACAAUGCCUUCACCAAUUUACCUCACCUGGCAGAGAUAUGGCUGCGCAACAACAAGUUGGUCUAUAUCCCUCGUGGGCUUCCAGACAACCUGCAUAAACUGUACAUGGACUCCAACCGAAUCCAGGAAAUUGAGGAUGCUCUGUUCAGCAACAAAUCUCAGUUGAACUACCUGACCGUGGAAAACAACAAGAUCCGCCGCAUCAGCAACAAGACCUUCUCUGGGCUUAGUCUCCUGAAAUCCAUCAACCUGCGAGGAAAUCUGAUUCAAACCAUUGAGACAGGCACAUUUAACAAUCUUGACAAUCUGACCACACUGUCACUGUCUGACAACCCUUUGCAGAAAGUGCAGAAAGGAGCCUUUCAAGCACUACCCAAUUUGACCCAUCUGCAUUUGUCCAUGUGUGGAGAAAGAACAUCUCUGGAGCAGAACUUCCUGCCAGAGAUGCCCAAGCUGCAACUUCUCAGCUUGAUGAACAGCCCAGGACUGGCCAAGGCCUUUGUUCAACAGCUGGCAGACCUGCCACAGAAACCACUGCCACACCUAAAAGAACUUGAUCUGACCUACAGUGACCUGACCACGUUGACGGCCAACAUACGUGAAGUGUUCCCUCAGCUGCAGACACUUGCCCUGGAUGGAAAUUCUUGGUCAUGUGACCAACGCUUAGCAUGGCUGCAGGAGUGGAUGACCACAAGUGACAUCCACUUCUGGAAGUAUGAGGAAGUAAUGUGUGAGCGUCCAGACACUCUCAAGGGUCGCCUUGUCAAGAACUUGCAUCACAAUGAAUUUAGUGAACUUACUACAGCUCAAGAACCUCCUCCAGCCAACCCACAUCUCCAGAAUUCUCCCUCUGCCUCUUCUAAACUUGAUUCUGAAGAAGUAGCUGCUGCCUCAGGCCAGAAGUUUUUUGGUGGUAAUGAAACUCCUAAACAACCUGAAGUAGUCAAUGGCACUGUAUCACUGUCUCAGCCACCCACUACUGCUUCAGUGCCAACAACUGGCCUUGGAAGUCUACGGAAAAAACGCAAGUACCGUCAAAAUGAAGGCACACGAAGAAAACAGAGAGGCAAGAAGGACAAAGAAGUAACUGACAUCACUUCAUCCACCACAUCUGUAACAACCACUGAAAGAAACCAGGACACAAGCACCUACUUGGACAAAGAGCCCAGCCAAAAGAAUCCCAGAGGAACUGGAAAUAAACCUGACAGGAAGGGUCGCAAGAUCAGUGGAAUGAUGCAACCAUCUGGGAAAUCAAAAAAGAAAGGAAAAACUGGCAAAGGGAAACAACCUCAACAAGAAGAAGCCACUUAAGUAAUGUGCAGUCUACUCAACUAUUAAUAUCUACUACUGUAGCCAACUAGUUCAGUAUUCGCCAGAUCAGUGUUUACAAGCAGCCAGCUACAUGAGGACACAAUGGUGACUUAUUUACACACUAUGCAGGAAUUAAUCUGAACAGAUGAAAGUGACAUUUUUUACAUGUAUGGCACUGGUUUACUUUAUACAUACAGAAAGACACCUGAUAAACGAAAUGGCAGUGUUGGAAUCUCCCACUUGCACAGAUCUGUUGGAGAGGAUAAAGCUGCAUGUAUUAACUGUGAAAAGUUGAAGCCUGGCCUUACAUAGACUUACAGGCUUGUUAGACAUUGACGACAGAACUGACCACCUGACUUCUAGACAAUGCUCUGGAUAUAUCCCAAAGAUGAUUGCUAAAUGAGUGAUCAAUCAAUAUGCAACACUUUACAGCACAUUUCUCACUACAAACCCAAUUGUACUGACAAAAAGUUAAUGUGAAAGAUUUGAUUUCUAUCUUCUAUCUGAAUGUGUGGUAGAUAUCCACAAACAGCAUGAAGGUGACUACAUCACCUACAAGCAGCAUACAAUCUUUGAAGAUCAUACGCUCUGUUGAAAGUGCCUAAUUCUUCAAAGUCACUUGUUCUUGGAGAAGCUUCAAUCCUUUAAAGUCACUAGUUCUAUGAGUCUGUAGUCCUUCAUCAUUAUUUGGCACUACAUCCUCUUUUGUGUACUGACUGCUGACUAUUUGCAUGUCAGGUAAACAACCAAUAAGCCUAUGCUUCACUAGGCAGCUAGGAAAAUACUAAAUUUCCAAAAGUGACUUCCCCUGCUGUAAUACAUGUGACAUGCCAGUUUGUCAUUUCUUCACAUAAUGAUUUUUGACUCUAGCAAAAUCACAAUCGAGGUAAACCAUAAAAAUUGACUUAUAUUUGAUUUGUCACUCUUCCACAACAGUCUCUCAAUCACAUUCACACAAUCACCACUGUCGCUGAGCAAGUUUAACACAUUAUCAGGUAAAUUUCAGGAAUCAAAGAUCUUCACUUGUCACCCUAGGGAAUAAAGGUCAUACCAGGAAAUGGUGCAAAACAACUGACUUGCAGGCAAUAAACAUGUCCGUUGCUUUUAAUCUC